AGCGCUUGCUGGAGUUCAACACUCUACGCACAUUCUCUUUGCUCAGAACAAAUCGCUCUUGUCUCUUCAAUAAACCCUCGUGCUUUGUCCGUGACGGGCGCGUUAUUGAACCCACCUCAACAGCCUCCACACUAUCCUGGAUCGACGUGCAUAACUCUUGAAUGUGUGCAUAGCGUCCCGGCACGCACAGCCGUAGCAUUAGCCAAAUAUCUGGCUUCGACCCCUCACCCAGUUUGCACGACGUGAAAACGUACAGACUACCAUUUCCUCCACAAAAUGGCUGAUAUCAACCAUGACGGCCCGAAGGCCGACGGUAGCCAGAUGCGCGAACGACCGUCUGCAAAGCCACUACAUCUCUACAACUCUGAAGAUGCGAAAAAAAAGGUGCUCGAGCUAAACCAAGAAGAAGAAGAUAACAAGCAUGAAGAGAAACGCAAGACGUUCGGUCGUACUCCCGACGGCACAGUAUUCAUUGUGCCACAGACUCAUGAUAUGGUCUCCCAGCUCCUCUCGCCCUCGCAACCAAAGAACCUUUCCGACCUUGCCAUUCUUGCUGUGCUCGCCAGCCUGAUAUUCACACUCUACAUCUGCCCAACAAGCGCCCGCAAGCCCGUUUUCGCCGCCAUCUUCCUCUUCUGGCGAGCUGCAUACAAUGCAGGCAUUGGCUGGCUUCUCGAAGGCCAGUCCAAGCACAAUCGCCUCGUCCUCUGGGCGAAGAACUCGCAUAUAUUUGAGAAUCCCGAGACGGGCAACAACCCACAUCCUACCAUAUACAAGCUAAUUAAGCGCGAGAUGGAGACCAAGAUUCCAAAGGACUACAAGUUCGAGGAAGCGCCGCUCGAGUACAAUACGUGGCUGGUCUUCAGGCGUGUAGUAGACUUGAUCCUGAUGUGUGACUUUGUGUCGUACUGCCUCUUCGCCAUCGCUUGCUUUAACCGUCCGCCGGAGAGUUGGCUACUCUUCGGAUUGCGGUGGACGACAGGUAUAGUACUUUUCAUCUUCAAUGUAUUCGUCAAGCUCGAUGCGCAUCGCGUGGUCAAGGACUUUGCUUGGUAUUGCUACCACGUGUUAUUCAUAUCAAUCGUCGCCCACGCCGCUCAAUUUGCCUUUUUGACUCUCGUGGAAGAACCUCAUAUUCAGAAGAUCUACAACCCACCACCGCCACGCCGAAUGCGCCAAAACUCCGAGAAGUUCAACCCUGAAGACCGCCCAGCGACAGCCCAUUCCGAUGCGACCUACACUGACACGGGCGUCAUUUACGAUUCCGUCAGACAACCUGCCCCAAUGCAUCACAUCGUCGGCCUCCAGAAUACCGACUUCCACCGCUCGAUUGACGUUACGGUAGUGUUACUUUGCUUCUACAUGUUCUGCCUCGCGACCGUGACCCCAAAUACCAUCGCGGUGCGUUUAUUUCUCUUCGUUCACGCAUUUGUAUGGCGGCUCUGGUACGCUCUAGGUCUUGGCUAUAUCCUCGACCGACAAUCCAAGAAAAAGAACUGGACGAGGCACUUCAUCAAGCAUGGAGAUACCAAAGAAGAAGCAUGGCGACAGUGGAAGUCACUCUAUCACCUCAGUAUGACCAUGUGCCAUGCUUCGUUCGGAGCGGCGGUCUGGAAGAUGUACGAGCUGCCGUCAGACUGGUUCCUUGGCUUGACUCUUUUGAGGCAUGUUCUUGGCGCGGGACUGCUCUUACUACAACUUUGGACGUCCACAAGCAUCUACGACUCUCUGGGCGAAUUUGGAUGGUUCUGUGGUGAUUUUUUCUUCGAUCCGCCAUCAAGCAAUCUUACCUACUCGGGUAUCUAUCGUUUCCUGAACAACCCGGAGCGCGUGCUGGGUCUGGCCGGCGUAUGGGGCCUUGCACUGAUUACGUGGAAUCCGCCGAUCUUCUACCUUGCUGCGACCGCUCAUAUUCUCAAUCUGGCUUUCCUGCAAUUUGUUGAAAGGCCUCACAUGCAACGACUGUACGGCCGCAAGCUUCGGGCUGAAAGUGGUGUCAGCAAGACUCUCCGUCAAGCUAUGCCAAGUCCGGUGCGCAACUGGCAAUCAGCAGCGGACGACUAUGUCAACUCUACGGUUGAGUUCAUCGAAGAUCUCCUAGAGCAUGCGAGACCAAAGCUCGCUGCUGGGUACGAGACAAUCGUCAAAGACACCACCGCAUUGUUCAAGACAUACCCAGCGCGUAUUUCCAUUACUCGUGUUCCUCAGGACCUUGCGGGCUUGGAUCCUAAGCAGUAUAAGCUUGAGAUCGAAGGCACGCCAUCUGCGCCCACUGUAGAGAUUCAGAAGCACGGUGGCCGCGAGGGAGAGCUAGCGAGAACCCCAGCAACUCGCACAAGCGAGUUCAAGACGCUCACCUUUGAGUACGGCGCGCCGAUCCGUGUGCGCUGGCAAGCGCCUGUUAACCAUCACAAGAAGGAUUGGAUUGGUCUGUACAUGGUCACGGACAACCAGUCUCGUGAAGUCACACGCAUCAGCUCCAACGGGAGAUGGGUCGCUACCAACAAAGGUGUCUAUGAUUCUACUCGCGCCGAGGACGGUAUCUUGGUCUCUGACCGGCUUGUGAGUGUUAAUUCUGAUGAAGAUGAGGGUGGCGACUGCUACACUGGUGAGGUAGAGUUUCGUGGGGACAAAUUGUGGUGGACUACGGGCGUAUUCGAGUUUAGGUACCACCACGGCGGCAAACAUCACGUCAUGGCAUUGUCUCAGGCCUUCGAGAUCCGCAUCGCAAGGUUCGACGAAGACGAUGUGGAGGUGGACGCCAAUGGAACUGUCCACCGCGCAGUCGAGCAAGCUCUCCUACCUGUCAUCCAGAACUGCUUUGAUCGCGAUCCAGAGAUUGCGCCUUCAACGCCAGAGGAGAGCUUUGGAAGCCUCGUGGAGCGAGAUGGCAAGUUCGCCAAGCGCGUUGUGUUCGCGGUCCAUCAGAUGUUUGGCAUCGAGUUCGCGCCCGAAGUCGUCCAAGCCGAUGGCAACGCAAGAAACCUAGCAUGGCGUAUCUGCAACGCGAAAAAGAUCCUAGCGCCGUACAGCAUGUCCGCAAGCCGCGGUAGAAACACGCCCACAUCUCGCUAGGGUGGAUUCGAUACCUUGUCCUGGUAGAUGUCUUUGUCUCGACGCUAUUGACAUCCCCUUUUGGAAGGUUUCUGGGAGAAUACCAGGCGUGUGGAAUAAGCCAUUUGCGAAAUGAGUCCGACCACAUCGCCUAUUGUUGCUCUUGGGCGGGGAGAUAUUUGUCUUUGUUCAUAUCGCAUGCAUGCGGAACGUUGUGUUGCACUGGAGGCACCCAUCGAUGAGGAGCACCAGGUAGCUGUUGUCUGUCGUAAAUUGGCACUGGCGUUCGAAUUGAGGUUGGGCACAAAAGCAUAUACGUAUUCAUAGUCUAUAUUCGAAAAGUUGCGGAA